UUUAUGCUGAACUCCACGAGGUUGAGAGACAGAGAUAGUUAGUUGGUCAGCAGAAAAUAGGCAUAUUGAAUGAGAGAUAGAGAUGUAGAUAUAGAAUAUAAGAAAGAGAUACUGUGAGAAUAUAGAGAAAGAUAGUCUGUGAAAGGAAAUUAUAUAGACAAAGAUAGAAAUACGAACGACGGACAUUUAACAAGAAUUGGGGGAGCGAGAGAGAUAGGACAAUAGCAUCCGUCUGUAGGCGCUGAAGCUGUCCUGGCAAAGCAGUCUGCGUCCCGAGAUAGCAGAAUCAGGAUCAGUUUAGUUUAAACUUACUGUUUUCCCAUAUAUUCAUUUGGACCAAAAUUUAUUGCACCAGUUGAAAAUCAAACUGCAGCGAUUGGACGUGAAGUAACUUUUUCAUGUAGUGUUAGUAAUAUUGGAAAAUUCAAGGUGGGAUGGUUAAGAGCUUCAGAUAAAAUGAUUAUUUCACUGCAUACAAAAACAGUUAUCCAGAAUGAUCGUAUAGCUAUAAAAUAUGAACCGAUAUUUAUACCAAAAAAAAAAUUAGUAUCAAAUAAUUAUAGUGUAAACGAAGAUAGUCAAAAAUCUAAUGAUGUAGUAAAUGGCACAUGGCGACUUAUUAUUCGUCAACUUAAAGAAACAGAUAGAGGGUGCUAUAUGUGUCAAAUUAAUACUAGUCCAAUGAUAUCACAACUUGGAUGUUUAGAUAUACUUGUUUCACCAGACAUUUUGAAUAAUGAAACUAGUACCGAUAUAUCAGUUGUCGAAGGAGAAAAUGCUACAUUAGUCUGUAAAGCUAUCGGAAGACCAUCACCCAGAAUUUUUUGGAAACGUGAAGAUGGGCAUCCUAUUCUUCUACGAACAAUUCUUCUUAAUGGCAUCAAUUUUAUUCCUGUACCUAUAUUUAAUAGUUCGAAUUUAGAACUUUAUCGUAUUGAUAGAAAGCAAAUGGGUACUUAUUUAUGUAUUGCUAGUAAUGAUGUCCAUCCCGCAGUAAGUAAAAGAGUUACUUUAUCGGUGAACUUCUUACCAAAUAUACAGGCCUUAAAUCAAUUACUCGGUGCACCACUUGGAACUGAUGUUAUACUUGAAUGCAACGUUGAAGCUUAUCCAAAUACAGUGAAUUACUGGUUUAAAAAUCCUAAUGGAAUGUUACUUGAUGGGUCAAAAUAUUCAAUUGAAGAAAAACGUGAUGGAUAUAAAGUUGCUAUGCGUCUUACAAUUAAGAGAUUUCAUAAAGAAGAUAUUGGCAGCUAUAGCUGUAUAUCAAGCAAUAGCUUAGGAAAAGUUGAAGGCAUAUCUAGGUUAUACAAAAUUGGAGAGUUUGAUGGACAUAGCUUGAUGCACGAAUCACAUCAUAUUUCAAUUUUAGCAGGUUUAGCAGAAGCAGCUCGAGAUUCUGACACAAAGAGUAGUAUAAGCUUAAACAGCAGCGUAAGAUGCUUUAAAAGUUAUAACUAUACUUUGCUGUUAAUACUAUUACGAAAUUAUUUUUCCGAGCGGUGAAUAAAAAAAAUUUACUCCAAUAUUAUAUGAUAAUAAU